GCGGCAGCGGUGGCCGCCAGCGUCCGCGGGAGGGGUCCCGCGGCGGGAGUCCCGGCCAGCACCUCGCCUGGGGGCGCCCGAGCCAUGGGCACCAAGUGGUUCAGCGGGGCACCCUUCGGGGUGCAGAGCCACAGGUUUGAUGUCUCCGCCAUCUACCCCAAUAGGAAGAAACUCAGCACCUUCACUGAGGCCCCCUACUCCAGGCUUCAUUCUGUGCAGAUGUCCCACAUAGGACCUGGAACCUAUGGCUACCAGGAGACCUGCUUCAGCAAGAAGAAACUCAGCAAGGAGGUGGGCACAGGCUGGGCCAGGACCCAGGAAGCCACCCGGCUGACCCAGCUGCCCCACUUCCAGUACGAGGCCAUCAUGAAAGAGAAGCGGUUGCAGAAGGAGAAGCUGGGGCCCGGCUCCUACAACCUCAAAGACUUCUUAGAACAGCUGCAGCAGAAACCGUGCAGCACCCGGGGGCUGCUCAGCUCGGGGGAGACCCGCUUCCGUGGCCUCGUUGGGAACUACUAUCCAGGCCCUGGAAAUUACGGGGUGAACGGUAACCCAUACACAAAGCUGGAGGAGAAAGCCCAGAACCGUUCUCAGGUCCUCAUGUGCAGGAUGACCAGCAGGCCACUCCUCUUGGCUCAUGAGGGGAGUGGUCUGGCACCAGGCACCUACUCCUUCAAAAGUGGCAUUGAGACCUACCUGGCACGAUCCAUGGGCACCCGCGGCCCCUACGACAUUUUCUCCGGUGACCGAAGCAAGCCCCAGCCUUAUGGACAUUACUCUGUGCAGAAAAAAAAGCCCAGGGAACUGAUGAAUUUUACGACCUUCGUGGAAGAGCUUAACUCGCGGCACAAUAAGAAGCGUGGGGUUUUUUCGAAAAUUCCUCGCAACCCGGAAACCCCGACGGAGAGGAUUUACUGGGCGACCCUUAGCCAGUGCCCCCGAAAACUAGCCACGUCUGGUCCCGGUUCGUGGCUUCCUCCAAAGAAGGAAUGCAAACACGUCAACCAGCCACCAUUCCUGCUGUCUUCCAAGCGGAUGGGCAAAGAGGCCUACCAGAUGAUUCUGGGAAGCUGGAACCCCGUAGGUGUGGGCCGCUACCUCAACACCUGGCUGAUGGAGACGAAGGACCAACGGCAGCGGUAUCGGUCUCUGUACCUGGUUGGAUCCAAGCGCUACCCCUCUGACCCGGCCUGGGACAGGAUCAUGCAGGAAAGGAUCACACCUUUUACUAAGGGGAAGUGGCCUCCAACAGUGGAUUACAAUUCAGAUCCUACUCCUUACAGCUGCAUAUGAAGGACAUCCUGUGAUGACCAGAGGGCCCAAAAAGCCUGAAGACAAAUUUGGGGAUGGGAGGAUAGGAGUGGGAAUCUGGGUUGGGUGGGGGGGGGGGGGGGCGGGUCUUGGAGAAAGGACACAUGGGAAUGCCUGGAGGGGAAGGAUAUAAUGGGAAUGCUUUUGCUGGAGACAUCUACCUGGAGGUCACAUGGUCUGCUGGGACAGCUGGGGCCAGAUACUUUUGGCUAUGAAAGAUCAUUUAUGCUGAGAAUUCAAACUAGCCAGUGACAUGAACAUGGGAGCCAGACAGCAGAUGGACUAAUGGGGUGGAAUGUGGUUGACACUCUUGGAACCUCUUCUAAAGUCAAAUUGCUUGACUCCCUGAUUAUUAAAAUCCAAAAAGAGGUGGAAAAGUGUAGUAUAUGUCAUAAGACAGCUCUAGGCCCCCUUCUGGUGCUCUCCAUCUCCAUCCCAGGAUGCUUCUGGAAGCUCAGCAGGGCCUAAUGCUACGUAUGAGGAGGCUGCUGGCCUCCAGGCAAGGUGCAGCCAUUGGGAACAAUCGAUUUCACCCUUAGAGUUCAGCCUUGUGAGCACACCAGUCUAGCCUAAAGAUGGAUCUGUGGGGCUGUUCACAAUGUCAUCUUCUUCCCUCACUGUUUUGUGUCAGUGAGAGAUUGUGUAGGAUGGCAGGAGCGUGUUGUCCCUAGAAAAAAAGGAGGCUGGGACACCACUGCCUCAGCCGCAAAACUCCACUCUUCAGAGUGUGAGUAUAUUAUAAAAAGCAGUUACUUUCUCAUUUAAGUCAAAAUGACUGUUUUAGAAGAAGUAAAACUGUCUUUAUGCACAGACAUGUUGCCUAUGUGAAAAAAAAAAAAAACACUAUGAGUAUUUUGAUAAGCCAAAAUACAUGUGGACGAGAUCUAAUAAGUCAGCUUUGCAAGUUUUCAGGAAAUAAAAUCAACAUAUCAAAACCAAA